AUGGCUACGGAGGUUGUGGUGGUGGCUGCCAGGCGCACAGCUGUGGGCAAGUUCGGUGGUUCCCUGGCUGGUGUGCCAGCCAUUGCGCUGGGUGCUGCUGUCAUAAAGCAGCUGCUGGAGGACACUGCCGGCAAGGUGAAGAAUGACAUGGUCGAUGAGGUCAUCAUUGGGCAAGUCCUGACAGCUGGUUGUGGACAAAAUCCUGCGAGGCAAACUGCUCUGAAAGCUGGGCUCCCUGAGACCUGUCCAGCACUGACCAUCAACAAGGUUUGUGGUAGUGGAUUGAAAGCCUUGAAUUUGGCCACACAGGCGAUUGUCGCAGGCGACGCUGAGAUCGUGGUGGCCGGUGGGCAGGAGAGCAUGUCGGACAGCCCUCAUGUACUGAACAGAAGCAGGGAGGGCCAGCGCAUGGGCGACUGGAAGAUGGUCGAUUCGAUGAUUGUAGAUGGCCUUUGGUGCGCAUUCAACAACUACCACAUGGGCAUGACCGCUGAGAAUGUGGCUGCCAAAUAUGGUUUAGACCGUGCUUCCCAGGAUGACUUCGCCGCCGCCUCGCAGCGAAAGGCCGGCGAAGCGCAACAGGCUGGCAAGUUCAAGGACCAGAUUGUGCCAGUGCCAACAACCAAGAAAGGACAGGUGCUUGACAAAGACGAGUACAUCAAGGGAGACACAUCCCUUGAGCAGCUGCAAAAGCUGAAACCUGCCUUUAAGAAGGACGGAUCAGUCACAGCAGGCAAUGCCUCUGGCAUCAACGACGGUGCGGCGCUGUGCUUGUUGAUGUCUGCUGCCAAGGCUCAACAGCUGGGUUUGCAGCCCUUGGUCUUUGUUCGCGGCUUUGCCAGUGCGGGGGUCGAUCCCAAGAUCAUGGGCACUGGCCCCAUUCCCAGCAGCAAGAAAGUCCUCCAGAAGGUGGGUUGGAAGGCGAGCGAUCUGGACCUAAUUGAGGCCAACGAGGCUUUUGCUGCGCAGGCAUUAGCCGUUAACAAGGAGAUGGGUUGGGAUGUCUCCAAGGUGAAUGUGAAUGGUGGAGCGAUCGCAAUUGGCCACCCCAUUGGAGCAUCCGGCUGCCGCAUUGCUGUGGACCUAAUCCAUGAGAUGCAAAGAGCCAACAAACGACGGGGCCUGGCCACGCUGUGCAUCGGAGGCGGCCAAGGUGUUGCCAUGUGCUUCGAACGACUUCCCAGCAGCAAGCUGUGA